ACCCAUCGUCAGAAUGCUUCUGGGUGGGAUCUCCUUCGUACCUAGUAAGCGGUCAUAAAUCGACGCGGUCACUUGUAUUCUGUCGCUAUAAGAAAGGAGCUUCAUCCGUAAGUUAAAUGUGCUGGCUGGUAUCUUACCAUCGUUAAAUUGAAACCCCCCUUUUCUCGCCCUUGCCCCAUAUUGCUGCCAUCAUGAACGUCACAAUUCACCUCGUCCGCCACGCGCAAGGCUUCCACAACCUCUCAUAUGAAAACGAAUCCAUCCCCGACCCUCUCCUCACCGAUUUCGGCAAGAAACAAUGCGCCAACGUCCGCAACAACUUCCAUAGCCAUGAGAAGCUCACCUGCCUCGUCUCCUCACCCAUGCGCCGGACCAUCUAUACCGGUCUCUAUUCUUUCGGACCCUAUGAUCCCGCGUCUGCCAUGCCGGUAGAGGACGAUAAGGGCGACGGCCUGCUCCCCGUCAUCGCGAUCCCGGAACUGCAGGAAGUCUCGGAUUCCCCCUGCGACACGGGCAGCGCGGUCCCCGUCCUAGCCAAAGAAUUCGGGUCUCGGGUCGAUUUCUCGCGUGUCCCCGACGGUUGGACGGACAAGGUCUCGUCCGAAUCGCCCUGGGAGCCCAGGGUCGGGAAGCUAGAGGCCCGAGCGAGGACCGCUCGCCUAUUCCUUCGCGAGCUGGCGGCCAAGAGUGGGAAAGAGGAAGUCCACAUCGCUGCUGUUACCCACGGCGGCUUCUUGCACUUCUUGACGGAUGAUUGGCAUGGAAUCGAGCCUAAUCGAGCAACGGGGUGGGAAAACUGCGAAUACCGCUCCUAUCGCUUUGUGGACCCUUCGGGGCAAGAUCCUGGAGCUCUGCUCCAGGAGACAGAGGAGAGCUGGAAGGCACGUCUCGGCGACAAGAGACGUCUCGGCGAGGAAGAGCAGGCAGAGCUGCGCCGCAUGCACCAGCGUGAGCUGGCUAGAUGAACAUAGGCGCACCAUCUCCAACGCUAAGUGAAAUCAGAUGAAGUACGAGGCUGGCGCGAGGUUGGGCCAGUUUGGUGAUAGACGAAUCUUUGGAUUUGGGUUUGCGUAGAAGACAGGGACAUAAUCAUGGAUUGUGCAUAGAAUUUCAACAAAUAGACAAAGAACGUAAAGACGGGGGCC